GCGAAAUCAAGCACGUAUGUUGUCAUUUUCGCAACGACCCGUUGUUAUAUUUUUCAACAACGGCUGUUGGUGAAUUGUGCACGAACGUGCUCAAAUUGACACCGAGACGUGGUCAACUUUCGGUACCAACAACAGCCGUGCUUAAUUUGUCCAUUUGUAAUAUUGGUAAUUGCAGCCGAUUACACACGAGUAAAAAAUGACAACGGUGGUGCAUGAUUCACACACGGUCGUUGUCAAUAUGACACCGGUCGUGUAUGAAUUAUGCACCACCACCUGCAUAAUGAUGCACCACCGUUGUUACUUUGUACACCGACGUGCAUGAAUCGUACACGAUCGUUGCCAUUUUAGCAACUACCGUGUAUGAAUCAUGCACCACCGUUGUCAUUUUUUUUACUCGUGUGCAAUCGGCUGCAUAUUUACCAUUUUUUCCGUGUUAUUGAAAGAGAAAGGACGCAUUGUGCAAAAAAUUUAUUGAAAAUGAAUAAUAAUUCGCAAGAUCCUCAAAAUAUCAUUGGUGAGUUGUUAGAAAUCGAUGGCAAUAUUGUUGUGGUUCGCGAUACAAACCAUUGCAGCAGUCAAGAUGCGGAAAACAAUGAGGACGAUUAUAUGUUAAGGGAGUUCUUAAAAGGAAUAAAUAUGGAGUCGCUUUUUGAACAAUUAAAAGGUAAGUAAAUAAAAAUGAAUUUUUCAGUUAAUCAGUGUAAUUAACAAAGAAUUUUCUUUUUUGUUCUUUUAGCAUCACAUGUAACAUUUCGCAGCUUGCAGUACUUGAAAAAAGAAGAUUUAAAGGAAGCAGUGCCACCAUUGGGACUGCGUGUUGAAUUCAGAGAAAAGCUCUUUGCUUGGAAAAAACGAAAGGUACGUAUUAUUUGUUUUACAGAGUUGAACUCAGUAUUAAUAUUGUCAUAACAAUAGCUCGGGAUUGAUGACGAAACUAUGUCAGUUCCAUCUAAAAUAGGUGAAUGGUGGAAACGCAACGAGACACCUGCAAGUACUCCUGGUACUCCCGACACUACAGGUUCGAACUGCUCAAAAGCCAAAGGAAUUUUGUCAGAGGAUCUAACGGAAUUGUUAACACAUACCUCGAAGGGGAAACUAGCGCUUGAAUGUAGUAGCGUUAAUAAGAAAUUAAGUGACGAGCAAAGAGAUGAUAUAAUUAAUAUAAUUAUUGAAGAUAUUUUAACCAACAAUGUUACUCUUUACACUCAAGACUAUAUGCGCAUAUUGGAUGAAAUUUGUUCCGUUUUUCCUCUUGAAAACGAAAUGAGGGAUUAUUAUUACAUUUCAAGAAAAGGAAAGAACAACGCAAGCGGAAAACUUUAUGCCAAGUAUAGAAACAAGAAGUCCAAAAGAAUAAAGCUUUUGAUUUCCGAGCCUAGCACAAGCAAAGCAGCAACUCACACAUCUCCUAAUUUUUGUAACAAAGAUGUUCCCGAAAUUGAUGAAUCAGUUGAAAAUUCAUUGAAAGCUUCCUUACUAAGAGAAUGUAAUGAUUGGGGAUCGAUCUGCGAAAAAUGGAAAAGAUCUUUUAACAUACGGCAAAGAGAUAUAAAAAAUUUAAGUAGCCAUACAUUUCUCCUUGAAUGGACGAAGUUGUCCGAUGCAAGAGCUUCAGAAUUGAGAUCACCAUUCACUUUAUAUAACAUUAUACGGUUCGUUAAAACCGAAACACCACUUUCUUGUCCACUAUCCCACAGCUAUCCGAAAAUGUGGUCCCCUUAAAUAUCUCUGGAGCAUGAGAUUCGAAGCUAAACACAAGGAAGCAAAAGCCUAUUUAGGAAAUACUACAUCAAGAGUAAAUCCCUGUCGUUCAUUAUCUAUUAAGUCUGGAUUGAAAUUUUCCAAUUUUUUAUUAAAACACGAAGAUAACUUAGAACCAAAUGUUAUCAUUAAUACGCAUACCAUCGAAGAUUUGGCAAAAGAGGAAUAUUGUUACAAAAAAAGUAAGCCAGUUUUAAAUUACCAAAAUUGCAAAGUGUCUGAUGACAUUUUUUUUAAGGGAACUAGGUAUAAAAAAAACUAUUAUUUAGCAACAAAUAAUGCCGCAAUUGAACUUUUCAAAAUUAAACAUUUAAUAAUUGAAAAUGAAAAUGUUUACAUUUUAUGUAACCAAGUAAAAGUUAAAAACUUUGAUUACCAUUUACAAUCGUAUGAAGUUGGUUCUCUGAAUGAGGAUACAAUUUUUUUAAUACCAAUUUUAGAUUUUAUUACUUACCCAUUUCACUUAUAUCCUAUGAAUAAUGGAAAAGUUUAUUUCAGAUUUAAGUUAAUUUAAUUUGUUUCUAUACAUUGAAUAUAUGUAAUUCGAAUUGUUUUGUUAAAUCAAAUAUGUAUUUAUAUUGAAUUUAUGUAAUUGGUUUCGUUCAAUAAAAUACUUUUCAAAAAAUGUCGUUUCUUCUACUAAGGGUAUAAAAUGGAAAAGGAACGGAUAUCAAAAAAUGACCACCAUUGAUUUCAAUCUGACAACGGGCGUUGACAAUCCGACAACGGAGCGUUGACAAUCUGACAACGAAGCGUUGACGAUCUGACAACGAAGCGUUGACAAUCUGACAACGGGGCGUGCUCGAAAUGACCACGUAUGUGCUCAUUUCAUGCACAUCUGUUGUUGAAAUCGUUGCCAAAAUCUCGGUGUCAAAAUGACAACAGCGUGCUCAUUUUGACACCAAACGUGGUUGAUACACUAUCAUACACGGAUGUGGUCAUUUCAUACACGGAUGUUGUCAUUUUUUC